AUGUCUUUGGAAGUCAUCUACGUCGUCCGCCAUGGGUUCCGCACAUCAUGGGUUGUGGAUCCUGGGACGGGCAAGUAUAGCUUGACCAUCCGGUCACCUACGGGUAUCGCCAACGACCCGCCCCUUACAUCACAUGGAAUCGACCAGUCGCGCGAGUUGGCGGCACAUCUCAUCAAGAUUCAGCCGCCAGUCGACCAGGUCUACUCGAGCCCUUACUACCGCUGCAUGCAGACGAUACAGCCUUUCGUGGACCUCCGCAAUGGCGCCUCGCCACCAGACACGGAAAUGCGGGCUCAGCCUUUGAGCGGAGAGGCCCCUUUCACCAUACGAGCAGACGGCGGCAUCAGCGAGUGGUUCGGGGCUGCGCAUUUCGAGCAUCCGUCCUUUGCCCCACUGGAAGUCUUGGAACAGUACUUUCCCGCCGUGGACGAAACGUACACGUCGGCGGUCACCCGCCCACCCAAUGGUGAAUCAGCCACCGCCCUGCAUCUGCGUGUGGCGGAAGCCAUGCGGGCAAUCAUAGCCCGCAGCAAUAGCGAGGGAAAGAGGGCUAUUCUCCUGUGCUCGCAUGCGGCUACAGUGAUAGCCCUCGGGAGGGUGCUCACGGGCCGUAUUCCCUCGGAUCUGGAGGAGGAUGACUUUAAAGCGUUCACAUGUGGCCUGAGCGUAUAUCGUGUACAGCCGCGGGACGUUAAGCCAGAUGAAGCUUCUUUUGAGCAACAAGCCUCGGGAAAUGACUGGACAGAUGGCCUAGCAAUGCGCGGCGGUUGGGAAUGCGAGGCGAACUCUGACUGCAGUUUUCUCAGUCAUGGACCAGAGCGUGGCUGGCGAUUUUCGGUCGACGAGUCAAUCCAUGAAACGAAUGGCGGACAGGAACAGUACACCACCCGUUGA